AUGCCGGCGCGCUUCAAGGGGUUGAGUGAAUACCAGAGAAAUUUUCUGUGGAAAAAGUCGUAUUUGUCAGAGUCUUGUAAUUCCUCAGUGGGGAGAAGACACCCGUGGGCUGGACUUAGAUCAGAUCAAUUAGGAAUCACAAGAGAGCCAAGUUUUAUUUCGAAAAGAAGAGUCCCUCAUCAUGACCCACAGAUUUCAAAAUCUCUUGAGUGGAAUGGAGCUACCUCAGAGAAUGAUGUGGUCCUAUCACCAGAACCUGAAGCCCCUAGAACACCAGAAUCACAGGAGGCAGAACAAACACAAGAUGCUAACCAAGAAAGACUUCUUGCAGUAGAAGCCUGCAGGGGUCCCAAGAGAACCAGAUCUCACUCUGCAGAUUCCAGAAGUGAGGGGGCUUCAGAUAUUGUAGAAAGUAAGGAGGAUGUAAAAACAAACCAUGUGCCAGCUAAUGAAAAUGUGGAGCUGAAACAUUCUACCAAUCCUCUUUCAGGAAAUGUAGAUGAUAGGUUGGAUAGACUUCUGCGGAAGAAAGCUGGAUUGACGGUUGUUCCUUCACAUAAUGUCUUGAGGAAUUCUGAAUAUCAAAGGCAGUUUGUUUGGAAGACCCCUAAACAACCUACUCCAGCUUUUGCAACCAAUCAGGUUUUCCACAAUAAAAGCAAAUUUGUUCCACAAUUCAAAGGUAACUCAGUCAUCCAUGAAACUGAAUACAAAAGAAAUUUUAAGGGCUUAUCCCCAGUGAAAGAACCAAAAUUAAGAAGUCAUUUGAAGGAAAACGGAAAUUUUGAAACAAUAUCUCCUGAAAAGAAGUGUAAUAAAACAGAUGAUCCUUUAAAAUCAGAAGCAGAGAUGGAACCAAAAGACUCAAACCAGCCUAAAAAGAAGCUUACUCCUUGGAGACAUCAAAGGCUUGGGAAGGUGAAUUCUGAAUAUAGAGCAAAAUUUCUGAGCCCAGCCCAGUAUUUAUAUAAAGCUGGGGCUUGGACACGUGUGAAGGAAAACAUACCAAAUCAGGCUUCUGUAAAUGCCAUGUGGUAUGCGGAGGUUAAAGAACUCCGAGAGAAGGCUGAGUUUUAUAGGAAACGAGUUCAGGGAACCCAUUUUUCUCGGGACCAUCUAAAUCAGAUUCUGUCUGAAAGCAACCGCUGUUGGGAUGUCUCCUCAACUACGAGCUCAGAAGGAACCAUUAGCAGCAAUAUCAGAGCUCUAGAUCUUGCUGGAGAUCCUACAAGCCAUAAGACUUUACAGAAAUGUCCUUCUACACAGCUAGAAGAAAAAAGACCUAUCUUGGAAGAACAGCCCCAGAAAACUACCACAGAGAAAUUGGGUGUGUCAAAUGCUCCCAUACCUGUUAGAAGGCGUCUGGCUUGGGACGCUGAGGACACCCCUGAAGACAUACAGAAACAGCCGAGAGAGGAGGAGGAAGAGGAGGAAAGGGACAGGCAGGUUAAUGUGGAAGAGCUGGAGAAGUUGGAAGUACAGGAAGAAUCUAAAGCAGACAAGAUAAAGGAGGAGUCGGAGUCAUCUUCUAUGUCUUCAGGGAAAGGAGGCAGGCUUCCUACUCCAAAGCUGAGAGAACUGGGUGGAAUCCAGAGGACUCAUCAUGAUCUUACCACUCCAGCUGUUGGUGGUGCAGUUUUAGUGUCUCCAUCUAAAGUGAAGCCUCCAGUCAUAGAACAGAGGAAAAGAAUAUCCUCUCAGGAUGGCUUAGAAACUUUGAAGGAUGACUUUAGAAAGAAAGAAAGUCGUGCUAUAUCCCUCCUGACUUCUCCAGCUGCUGGUAUUAAAACAGUUGAUCCCUUGCCUUUGAGGGAAGAUUCUGAACCCAAUAUCCCCAAAUUUGGUGAGACAACUCUUCCAGUUUCAAAAAUGCUAGAAUACCCACCUAACACACCUGGGAAGUCUGCUUCUCCACCCUGCGCCCCAUCCUACUGGCAUCCUUCUCGUCGAAUUCAGGGCUCCCUGAGAGAUCCAGAAUUCCAGCAUAAUGUGGGAAAAUCAAGGAUGAACAAUUUCCAGUUACCUCAGCAUGAAGCCUUUAAUGAUGAAGAUGAGGACAGGUUCUCAGAAAUCUCUGCUCGCUCUGCGGCCUCUAGUCUCCAGGCUUCUCAAACUCUGGCACGAGCUCGGAAAAGGAAGGAGAGUUUCUGGGGCAAAACAUAA